UCGCUCCUGGUUGGCCAACAUUUAACCUGAACAUGUGUUUCCGCGUGUAGAGACUCCUUCACUUCUUCGGCGUGUUGUCUGUUCCUGUUCAGCAGCAGCAGGUUUUAGUUCACAGCUGAUUUAUUAAUAAGUAGAGUGUGUUUUUUUGUCAGUGAGAUGAGUCCAGUGUGUGACUGCUGUGGUGAAACCAUCCGUAAACUGAACCAACAGGUUUCUGUGAUGAGGAGAGAGAUCAAGAACCUCAGGCAGAUGUUGGACAGCUCAGUCCGAGCUCAUCGUAAACACAUGACAACUCUUCAAUCUGCUGUGGCACAGAUUGGACUGAGAGAAGCUGCUGACAGAGACCACACACCUUCACCUUUACCACCUCCACCCCCUUCACCCUCACCUUCACCACAGGCUGCACUAGAGACAGGAAACAUCCAGACGGUCCCGAUCGGUUUCAUCAGUUCCUGUUUCUCAGUGAAGAACGGGACGCCCAGACAGCCGACGGUCUGCGGUCAAUCCAGAGCAGAACUGAGGAUCCAGCAGAGGGUCUUCAACAACCCGGAUCACGCUCUGCUGGGACUAGACCAGUUCUCUCACGUCUGGAUCAUCUUUCUCUUUCAUAAAAAUGGCCACCUGAGUUACAAAGCCAAAGUGAAGCCUCCCAGGCUGAACGGUCAGAGAGUCGGUGUUUACUCCACACGCAGCCCACAUCGACCAAACGCCCUCGGUCUGACUCUGGCCAAACUGGAUAAAAUUGUAGGUGACACUUUAUAUCUGUCAGACAUCGACAUGAUUGCAGGAACGCCGGUCCUGGACAUUAAACCCUACAUCCCAGAGUACGACUCACCUCAGACCAGGAUCCACAUGGAUUCAGAACCUUAUGAACUAAACACACACCAACCAAGUGAAACUACUGUGGACGAGUCUGAUUCCUUAAACCUCCAUAAAGACUCAGAACCAGACUCUGCUCAGUCAAGACCUGAAUCUGGAGGUGAUGUUCCUGCAGCAGGUUCAUCUGGAGUCAGUACUCAGUCCUCCCUGCACAGAGACCUGCAGGGUGUGCUGGAGGAGGUCAGGGCUUAUGUGACCCAACGUGACCUCUACCAAAGUGAGGACCAAAUGUCAGAGUCUCCAAAGAGGAAGCAUCCAGAGUCGAAAGUGGAUCGGCCCUGCUAUGGAGAGGAGGUCUACAGUACCAUUGCUGACUGGAUCAGAGAGCCUCCUGUGUCCGGUCUGGAGGUUCGCUUCACUCCUCACGCUGAGAGGCAGCUGGCAGAGUUCCUCCCCUCACACCUGUCAGGAUCCCCAGACCGAGUCGGACCCAGGUUCAGGUUCCUACGUAGUCCAGAGGAGGCGGCCGCCGCCAUCAGAGGGGUGCUGGCAGCUGACCCGCGGUCUGUUUACAGGAGGACUCGCUGCAGGGACCGACUCUUCUUCUUCACCCUGGACACGGCAGACAUCACCUGCUGGUUUGGACAGGGCUUCGCUGAGGUGCUGCAGGUCCAACCUGUUGAGAGCUGAGGCGCUGCAGGUCCGAUCUGUCAAGAGCCAAACUGCCACUGUGUGAGAAACUGUUUCAGUGCAGAUGUUAGAGCUGGAUACUGUCACUCAUGUGUUCAGAGCAACAAAAACAGAGCCUGUAAAAUGUUCCAGGUUAUUUCUCUACUGACAGAUGUGUUUUUCAGUUAUGAGAUUUAUCACUCAAAUCAGAUGAAAUCAAAUUUAGUGUGGGUAGAUUAAAUAAAAGAUUAAUUUUAUUGUUUCAACCAUGUUCAGCAGCUGUGGUCAAACAUCUCUGCUAUGCAUCAUUACCUUUUUCAUAUCUCUGUCUUUAUUCAAAGGAAGCAACUGGUCCUCUGCUGAGAGUGAAAAAUAAACUGAGCAUGAAUGAA